AUGUCUUCACUAACACAAUGGCAUCAGCCAGUAUUGCACAUAACAUGCGCCAGCAAUCCAUGUGUAAACGGCGGGAGUUGUUUUGACGGUAACAACAUGUACACAUGUAUUUGUCCUCCUGGGUACGCUGGCACGAACUGCCAGUCGAAAGUGUUGGAAUGUUCUAGCAACCCUUGUCAAAAUGGUGGAACCUGUGUCCAAGGAAACAACGCGUAUACCUGUCAGUGUGCCGCAGGAUACUCAGGGACAAACUGUCAAGUGAACGUGAACGAGUGCGCCAGUACUCCGUGCCAGAACGGGGCGUUAUGCAUUGACGGCAUCAACUCGUACCGCUGUCAAUGUAACGCGGGGUUUGCCGGGACCAACUGCGAGAUUAAUAUUGAUGAAUGUGGCAGCAACCCUUGUGAAAAUGGCGCUCGGUGCAUAGAUGGCGUCAACUCCUUCACCUGUGUAUGUCCAGCUGGGUAUACUGGAACAACAUGCGCUACAAACGUCAACGAGUGUGCCAGUAAUCCAUGCCUGAAUUUCGGUACUUGUGUUGAUGGCGUGAAUUCCUACACGUGCCGCUGUGUGCCGGGGUUCGCAGGGUCUCGGUGCCAGGUCGACGUCAACGAAUGUGCCAGUAAUCCCUGUCAAAACGGCGCAUUGUGCUUGGACCGCCAAAAUGCGUACACGUGCAUGUGUCGACCAGGGUACACGGGAGUUACCUGCGGAGUUAACAUCGACGAAUGCGCCAGAGUGCCAUGUCAAAAUGGCGGGACAUGUUCAGAUCUGAUCAACUCCUACACGUGUCAGUGUGCGGCAGGAUUUUCGGGAACUGAUUGCGAAAUUAACAUCGACGAAUGCGCGAGCGGGCCAUGUAGAAACGGGGCCACGUGCAGAGACAUGAUAAACAGUUACGUUUGCAGUUGUCAAUCCGGAUUCUCUGGCACGAACUGUGAAAUUAGAAAUACAAAUGGCUGUUCCAAUUCUCCCUGUCAGAACACGGGAGUUUGUAUACCUGUCGGCAGCACUGGUUAUAGGUGUCAAUGUGCUAGCGGAUUUACAGGAACAAACUGUGAAACCGACAUUAAUGAAUGUGCCAGUAACCCUUGUCAGAACCGUGGAACGUGCUUUAAUGACAGAAACAGGUACAUCUGUCAGUGCGCGGCUGGUUUUACGGGCACAAACUGUGAGAUUAAUAUUAAUGAAUGCGCCAGUGAUCCCUGCCAAUAUGGCGCAACUUGUUUAGACGGCAUCAACUCGUAUUCUUGCCAGUGUGUCAAAGGUUUCACAGGAGGAAACUGCGAAACUAAAAUCCAAGAAUGCUCCAGCAAUCCUUGCAGAAAUGGCGGCAAUUGCAUCCAGUGGGCAAAUUCAUACACAUGCCAGUGUGCUGCUGGGUUUACUGGAACAAACUGUGAAACCAACAUUAAUGAGUGUGCCAGUACUCCAUGCCAGAACGGUGGUGUAUGUACAGAUAUGGUCAAUGCCUACUCAUGCCAAUGCCGACCGGGAUUCACUGGAACCAACUGCCAAACUGACAUUGAUGAAUGCGCUAGUGGGCCAUGUCAGAACGGGGCAACCUGUACACAGGGUAUCAACACCUACACGUGUCAGUGUGUAAGAGGGUUUACCGGCACAAACUGUGAGACCAAUAUCAAUGAAUGUGCCAGCAACCCUUGUCAAAACCGUGGUAUAUGCAUCAACGACAUCAAUAGGUACAUUUGUCAAUGCGCAGGUGGCUUUACCGGCACAAACUGUGAGACAAAUAUCAAUGAAUGUGCCAGUAACCCUUGCCAAAAUGGCGCCACUUGUUUGGACGGUGCAAAUUCAUAUUCUUGCCAGUGUGUUAACGGUUUCACGGGAACAAACUGUGAGUCGAAAAUACAAGAAUGUUCCAGCAAUCCGUGCAGAAAUGGCGGCAGUUGUAUACAGGGAGUCAACUCGUACACCUGCCAGUGUGUUGCAGGUUAUACUGGAACAAACUGUCAAAUGAAUAUCAACGAAUGUGCCAGCACUCCUUGUCAAAAUGGAGGUACUUGCACGGACGGUAUCAACGGUUAUACUUGCCGGUGUAUUUCUGGAUUUAAUGGUUCCAACUGUGAAGUAGAUAUCAAUGAAUGUGCCAGCAAUCCGUGCCGUAAUGGGGGCACCUGUUCUCAUGGCAUCAACAUAUACAAUUGUCAGUGUCCAGCAGGAUUUACAGGAAAGAACUGUGAGACCAACAUUAACGAGUGUGCCAGUGCCCCAUGUCAGAAUGGUGGUAUAUGUACAGACGACAUCAAUAGGUACAUUUGUCAAUGCGCAGGUGGCUUUACCGGCACAAACUGUGAGACAAAUAUCAAUGAAUGCGCCAGUAACCCUUGCCAAAAUGGCGCCACUUGUUUGGACGGUGUAAAUUCAUAUUCUUGCCAGUGUGUCAACGGUUUCACGGGAACAAACUGUGAGUCGAAAAUCCAAGAAUGUUCCAGCAAUCCGUGCAGAAAUGGCGGCAGUUGUAUCCAGGGAGUCAACUCGUACACCUGCCAGUGUGUUGCAGGUUAUACUGGAACAAACUGUCAGAUGAACAUCAAUGAAUGUGCCAGUACUCCUUGUCAAAAUGGAGGAAGUUGCACGGACGGCAUCAACGUUUACACUUGUCAGUGUGUUACUGGAUUCACUGGUUCCAAUUGUGAAACAGACAUCGAUGAAUGUGCCAGCAGUCCGUGUCGUAAUGGGGGCACCUGCUCUCACGGCAAGAAUGUAUACAGCUGUCAGUGCCCGGCAGGAUUCACAGGAAAUAACUGUGAGACCAACAUAAACGAGUGUGCCAGUGCUCCAUGUCAGAACGGUGGUGUAUGUACAGAUAUGGUCAAUGCCUACUCAUGCCAAUGCCGACCAGGAUUCACUGGAACCAACUGCCAAACUGAUAUUGAUGAAUGCGCUAGUGGACCUUGUCAGAACGGGGCAACCUGUACACAGGGUAUCAACACCUACACGUGUCAGUGUGUAAGAGGGUUUACCGGCACAAACUGUGAGACCAAUAUCAAUGAAUGUGCUAGCAACCCUUGUCAAAAUCGCGGCAUAUGCAUCAACGACAUCAACAGGUACAUCUGUCAAUGCGCAGGUGGCUUUACCGGCACAAACUGUGAGACAAAUAUCAAUGAAUGCGCCAGUAACCCUUGCCAAAAUGGCGCCACUUGUCUGGACGGUGCAAAUUCAUAUUCUUGCCAGUGUGUUAACGGUUUCACGGGAACAAACUGUGAGUCGAAAAUACAAGAAUGUUCCAGCAAUCCGUGCAGAAAUGGCGGCAGUUGUAUCCAGGGAGUCAACUCGUACACUUGCCAGUGUGUUGCAGGUUAUACAGGAACAAAUUGCGAAAACGAUAUUGACGAGUGUGCCAGCAGACCUUGUCAGAACGGGGCAUUCUGCGUCAACGACCUGAACAGAUACAGUUGUGUAUGUGCGACAGGGUUCACGGGAUCAAACUGUGAGACCAACAUUAACGACUGUGCUAGCACGCCGUGUCAGAACGGUGGCACCUGCGUCGAUCUCGUGAAUUCCUACGCCUGUCAGUGCCCACUUGGAUAUACAGGGUCUACAUGUCAAACCAACAUCAACGAAUGCUCAAGCUCACCAUGCCAAAACAGUGGGGUGUGUGUGGACGGCGUGAAUGGAUAUACCUGUCGAUGCCAACCUGGUUUCUUUGGACGAAACUGUGAAACUGAUAUAAAUGAAUGUGCCGUAAGACCUUGUCAGAAUGGCGGCACUUGUUUAGACGGUGUCAAUGGAUAUACCUGUAUUUGUUUUGCUGGGUUUACAGGCAAAAACUGUGAGACAAAUUUUAACGAAUGUGCCGUUCAGCCAUGCCAAAAUGGCGGUUCUUGUACAGAUGCUAUCAAUGGGUACACGUGUCAGUGCCUGGCUGGCUACACGGGUUCAAAAUGCGAGACCAACAUCAACGAGUGCUCCCUUAGACCUUGCGAAAAUGGUGGCACAUGCACAGACGGCAUUAAUGGCUAUACAUGCCAGUGUCGAACUGGUUUCUCGGGUACAAACUGUGAGACCAACAUCAAUGAAUGUGCCAGCAACCCUUGCCAAAACGGGGCUACUUGUAUCGAUGGUAUCAACUCCUACACAUGUCGCUGUGUGGCCGGGUACAAUGGAAGGUUUUGUGAGGUAGACAUCGAUGAGUGCGCCUCCAAUCCGUGUAGCAACGGGGGCACCUGUACCCAGGGUGUAAACUCAUUCACCUGUCGCUGUCCAACGGGAAUCAGCGGCCCCAGGUGUCAGUUUGAUAACAGAAACGGCUGCAGCUCGUUCCCUUGCCAAAACCAAGGGCUCUGCACUGCUGUAGGAAACACGAGCUACACCUGCCAGUGCUUGGCUGGUUUCACCGGGUCGGACUGCCAGACGAGCCUUGAUGACUGUGCCAGUAAUCCUUGUCAAAACGGUGGUCGAUGCAGAGAUGAUAUUAAUUCUUACACAUGCCUGUGUCCUUCAGGAUACGGAGGCAUCAACUGUGAGAACAGGGUGAGCGAGUGCCUCAGCACACCGUGCCAAAACGGAGGCAAGUGUGCCGAUGGCGUUAACGGUUACACGUGCCAGUGCGUUCCAGGUUAUACAGGAAGAAACUGUGAGGUCAACAUCAACGAAUGUGCCAGUAACCCGUGUGAGAACGGUGCAUCUUGCUCAGAUGGAAUCAACAUGUUCAUAUGCAUAUGUGAAUCCGGGUUUACCGGGCCGACCUGUGCUACAAAUAUAGAUGAAUGCGCCGGCAACCCUUGCCAGAACGGCGGCGUGUGCUUGGAUGGCAUUGGCAAGUACACGUGCCAGUGCCCUGCUGGUUACACUGGGGCAAAGUGUGAGGUGGACAUUAAUGAAUGUGCCAGUACCCCAUGCCGUAACGGCGCGACCUGUGUCGACGGCAUUAACUCAUUUUACUGCACCUGUCUCCUUGGAUACACCGGGAUGCAAUGUGAGACCGACAUAAACGAAUGCAGCAGCUUUCCCUGUAAUAACGGAGGCACCUGUAUGGACCGAGUCAAUGGAUUCACAUGUCAUUGUCCCACUGGGUUCACCGGUUCGGUAUGUGAGACCAACGUGGACGAUUGUUUUAACAGCCCUUGCCAGAACAGCGGCACUUGCGUGGAUGGAAAUAAUGGAUUCACCUGUAGGUGUCUUCCGGGGUUCACAGGCGCAAGGUGUGAGGUAAACAUCAUUGAUGAAUGCGCAACCAACCCUUGCAGCAACGGAGCGACGUGCCGGGACAGAGUCAAUGGUUAUGUUUGUGAAUGCAGACCGGGAUACACAGGGGCCCGAUGCGAAACCAGAGUAACAACCUGCGCUCUAGGUUUAUGCGAAAACGGAGCCGCGUGUAGAAAUGGGAACAAUACAUUCACAUGCCUUUGCAAGUUAGGAUUCACAGGAACAUAUUGCGAGACAAAUAUCAACGACUGCGUCGGCGUGGUGUGUCUUAACAACGCUGUGUGCGUUGAUGGGGUCAACAAUUACACAUGUCAAUGCCCGACAGGGUUUACUGGACCCCUUUGCCAAACCAACAUCAACGAAUGUGCGAGUAACCCCUGUCGUAAUGGCGGCGUUUGCCUAGACGGGGUUGGGUCUUUCAACUGCCAAUGCGUUGCUGGUUUUACAGGCACCGUAUGUGAUGUGAACAUAGACGAGUGUGCCAGUACCCCCUGUCUUAAUACAGGUGUCUGUGUGGAUGAAGUCAACGGGUUUACUUGCCGCUGUAGACCUGGCUUUAACGGGUCAUUGUGUGAAAACGACGUUAACAGGUGCAGAAGUAGUCCUUGCCAAAAUGGCGCCACUUGUACCAGUGGACUUAACAGUUACAGUUGCCAAUGCCCUCUUGGAUUUGAGGGCACAAACUGCGAGGCGAAUGUCAACGACUGUGCGUCCAGCCCAUGCGCUAACGGCGCCGUGUGCCGAGACUUAGUGGCAGGUUACUCAUGUACAUGCCUUGCUGGGUACACGGGACCCCAAUGCCAGGUUAACAUCGACGAAUGUGCUGGUUCCCCGUGCGAAAAUGGCGGAAACUGUACAGAUGGAGUCAAUGCCUUCGUCUGCCUUUGUCCUGCUGGUUUCACUGGCUCGCGAUGUGAGAAUAUCGUAACCACAACAACACCAACUACGACAACAACAACUAUUCAGUUGUCUGCGGGUAAUGUAUUAUACAUUACGGGUGGUUACGUGAACACAGACAAAGCAGAUGUCCAAGAUUCACUAGAGCGACUUCUUGCGCCAUCUUUAGGAAACUUGGCCGUGACAAUCCAGACAGAAGACUUCGUGACAGCGACUGGAGAAAUAGUGACCAAGGUCCAGUACUGGGCUCUGGACGGUGGCCUUGAGGUGAGCGCAGACCGGGUCCAAGCGGUCAUAAACCGAACACUUAUUGAGACCAUUGACACAGAGUUACCCAGAGAGCUGCAUGUCUAUGUUGGAGACACCUCCAAGUUGACGGCCCUGGCACUUGCUAAUACCUCUCAACAGGAUCAGUGGAACAGAAACUGGCCCAUCCUUCUUGCUGUUGGUAUAGGUUUCGUUCUUGCAGUCAUUGUGGUUUCAGUAGUACUCUACCAAAGAGCAAGAACAAGAGGCGAGAUGGACGCAGUUCGCAACUUGGACGAAUUAACCAACAAGUACGACGCAGAGGGUAAACUGUACUACGACAGCAAUAUGUUCAUGACUAAGGACGAAGAUCCAUCAGCAAUAUACACAUUAUCUACUAAAACAAUAGAGCAUUAA